CCAGCGACAUCCAGUCCGAGUCUUCAUGGACCGCAUUCCCAACUGUGCUACCCACAUUCGCGAUUUGUUUGCUUGUUAAGCGAUGGGGAAGUUGUUACUCACGUCCGGGCAAGUGUCCAUAUGUAUUCGUAUUCACAGUUGUUCUUUUCCUUUCUGGUUAUGUCAUGCAGCAAAGAACGGUAUCUAGUCUGCAAGCAGCCAUAAGACCUAAUAAACCGAAACCGUUGCCCAUUCCGAAGCCAGUAGAACCUCCCACACUGGAUGUGAAGUGGGCGAGACCUCUGGGGGCACGACCAGCGGUGGAUGAGUCCGUGGAACAGAUGAUUGCAGCACAGACUCUCGACUGGAGCCGGCUAGGCUAUGUGCAGCUUGUCAGAGAGCAUGGGGAGCUAUGUAGUGCGGUCAUGUUGCUCGCAGACCUGCAUGGUCUGAAGAGCCCCGCAAAGAGACUGCUUCUGUUCCCCAGGGCAUGGUUGAAGAAGAAUGACGAUGAUGCCUAUGACCCUGAUAUGACAACGACGAGAAGACUGCUGCGAACCGCAGCAAGGCGGUAUGGUGUCUCCUUGAUUCCCAUGGAGACCAUCGUGGAUGGCGCAGAUGACUCGUUGCCUUCUUCAUACUCGCUCGCUAGUCUUUAUGCCUUGACAGACUAUGAGCGUCUCAUAUAUCUUCGAGCGCCGGGUACGCUGUUGGACGCAUCAGCUCUGGACUCUUUACUCGCCUUCUCCAAAUCUGAGCCGUUAGCGGCAUAUCCAGCGACACCAGAGCGCAAAGCUCUUUCGACUUCGUUGCUGCUCAUCCACCCGUCUCAAGACGUAUACCGCCAGCUGAAAGAGUUGCGUGUCGCCCAGCCCCUGACCGAUCUCAGCCUAUUCCGGAGGUCAUUUCCCGUACCGGACGCGCUCAUGUCGGAGUGGUCAGUGUCCAUGGGCAACCUGGUGUAUGAGUCGCAGAAGUUGCGCGAGGCAGUUGACGACUUCAAUGCGACGAAAUUCGAGGAGACGACGACUUUCGUGCGGCUCUCGGAUCCCGAAUUGCCAGGGCCAGAGUUCGAUGUCCCGUACUAUCAACGAGUCGAGCUCCGGCCGGAGAAUGAGGAUGCGCGAAGGAUGUGGGACGGCCUCUACGAGCGGUUUCGGCAGCGGCGCAUGGAGGUGUGUGGGCUCGAUCUAGAAUACUGGAGGAAGCCCGUGCUCGAAGCUUGAUGUAAUAGAGCUAAGCCAGCGGCAAUCAUGCAUGCUGUGUAUGAGGAACGAUGAAUGUAGAUAUUUGAAUUCCCCAGCGCCAUGUGCCAUGCGUCGCUGGUCCGGCACGCAACGACGGAAACACGCGCAAGUAGGAAUUCUGAGCUCUCCUGGGCCGUACCAACAACG